CGUAUUUGCACCGAUUACGCGUGCAAGCGUCACUUUUCAAUUCUGGCAGAGACGCACGCUAUGACAGCGCAGGGGAAGCCUCCGCCUUCUCCGGAUGCGAUCGCCGCCGCGAAUGCCGCGGCGGCAGCCUCCGCGUUGCCUGCGCCAGUAAAUUCUGCGUCGAUUGAGCCCCCGAGCACCUUCCAGCGCUCUCUGGAGGCUCAGCCAAGUGCAUCCGAGUCCGACGACCUGUGGAGCGCACGUAGCAACCCGAGUAUCAGCAGCUACAACAGCAGCACGCGCGAAAUGCACCAUCGUUUCAUUGCCAACACGUUUUUCGGACCCGUUUCCAACGCUACAGAGGCGAUCAUAGAGACAGACGAAGAGCAGGAGCCCAAUAGUCAACGCAGCAUUGGCAGCGCCAUGAGCAGCGACAGAGGCAACAAACGGAGGCGAAGGCGUCGAGGCAGCGGAGAAGGACUGCUUAGACGAGUAUUUAGACACAGAACAGCGUCCGAGUCGGCAUUAACCGCCACUACAGAGGAAGAAGAGAAGCCGACACGCCAGCAGAGAAGGAGUUUGAGACAGCAGUUGUCGCUGCCCAUGGACUCGCCCAAUAGAGAGAACGAGACACCUGAUGAACGCGCUAGACGCAGAGAAAACCGAGCGCUAUUUGAGGAGCUGGUGCACUUAGCCAACACGCACCAACCGGUGCAGUUCGACACGUUCAAACAGAGGAGAAAAGGCCGAUCCAGGAGCGGUAACAAGUCGCUGAGUGCUCAGUUGAGACGCUCAGGAUCGGCUGAAGCUCAUGAUGUGUCCGAUUUCAGUUCAUCAGAUAGUGAAACGAGCGACGAAGAGAUGGAAGAGAUGAUCAAUACGGAGCUAUUGGAGGCCUAUAUUGCCUAUUCCAAGUCAAUUGGGCACGAGCCAAACAUCCAAUUGAACCCGGCCAUGAUCCCUCUUGGAGCAGAUGACAAACCUCGAGACAGUCACGUUGACAGAGACGACAGUGAUGACGAAGAUCCACACGUAGCCCACCGAGUGUCGUACAUUCACGAUCGUCCUGUGGUCAAGGAACACGAGCACUUUUGGACCGGUUUUUUGGGUACAAGAUACAGCAGACGUCGAGGUUGUGUGCAGUUCUGGACGUGGCUAUUGAUCGGAGUUGGUGUGUUGUUAUGGCUGGGUAUUUCGCUCUCUUCACUGCAGCUUAACGAGGUGCUACACCUGGACGCGUUUACAGCCCAGAACGUCCAAGUCACGCAGGAUUUCACCUUCCUCCACUUCUUAGAAGAAGUCGAUUUCCACCUCACGUACACUAUCGAGACGCCCAAUCCAGACACACAGAGCAACCCGAACGCGUCGUACUUUAACGCUCUGCUGCUUAACGAGUACGAGUACGAACACUACAUUGAUGGUGAGCCGUACGAGUAUAUCGAAGCGGGUACUACACUGCGCACAAAGUAUGCCUAUCUACCGCAUACGUACAUCGACAACACGAUCAAGGAGACCAUGUACUUCGUCGUGCAACCGUGUUAUCUCGAGCGUAACCCAACUGCAGACUAUUGCCAGACUGGACAGCUACCCACGAGUGUGUACUCAAGCGAGAAGAUCUAUAAUCUGGACCAAAAGAAGAAGAUGGCUAAGAAAGAAGCCUGGGAAGAGUUCAACGUCACGUACAUGUCGGUGAACCCCAUGCCGGUGGCUUGCAGUUCGUCUGGAUGGCUCGGAGGCAGCUACUUGCUGCUGUUCUUGCCGUAUUUGAUCAUCACUCUCUUUGGACUACGCGUUUUCCAGAUGAUAAGUCACUGCGAAGGCUGGCAAAAGAACAUUGAGCGAAUAUACUCGAGAGAAUUAAAUGUUCCGGAGAACGAAGUGGAUUACUGGCAGCCGAUGCCUUGGGAUCGUAAAGUACCCAAGACGAAGCUCUGUGGACCGUGCUGUUGGAGUAAAUUCCGUCGGCCUUUCGAGCCCUUCUACACGUGGUGGCGGCAUGAAAACUACUUCACGUGGAUCUUUUGUCCCUAUCGCAACGAGCGACUCUCGCGUGGAGAGAGAGCACUGAUCGUGGUGUGCUCAUUGUACAUUACUUUCUACGUGCUCUUUAUCAUUGUGAUGCUGCGAGAUUCCUGGGGUGCAGACAUCACUAUCUUCACUUCAGUGGUGUUAUAUGCCAUCCUCAUCUCCAUCCUCCCGUCAGCUGGAAAGGCCGUUUUCAAGGAGCUUUUCAAGCUCAUUUUCCGUCAACGACGCAAAUAUUUCCGUGCCAAGGCUGCGGGUGGAGAUCUGAGUGGGUUUUCGUUCAGACUGGCGUUUAUUUUGCAGGUUUUGGUUGUGGUUCUCCUCACACUAGCACAAGCUCCGAUCUUCUACAUCUGGGCUUUUCGUAGUUGUUUGUUCCUCAAGAAGUUCAUGUGGUUUGGCGUGCUAGCUGCGAUCAUGCGGAUGUCUCUGAUGGGAUUGUUGCUGGACUUCGCCUGGUAUUUGAUCAUCAAGACGUGGGGCUGGAAGGAUCUGUGUCCGUAUUGCACGGAGCGUAUCAAGCACUGCGACUGUUUCAACGAUGAAUUACUGGUGCUCGCAGUCGAGCGUGUUGGACCGAAAUGGGAACUUAUUAGGGUACUGGAUGGUCUUAUGGCCAAGCAGCAUCACUACGACCCCCAGUUUGAAUUGUACACGUACGAGCAAUUACGUGAACGUUGGGAGGUUUUGGUUGAGCGAGCAGAGAAGCACAUGGAGAAGAUCGAGAAGCUUCGUGCGUAUCAGGAGAAGAAGCGGCUGGAAGCUCUACGUCACGACCGCGUUCGUCGCAGCUUGACAAGUUUCUUGUCGUUCCGAGGGACGACGCAGUCGGAUCAGCCAGGAUCUGGAAAACUAGAAGGCGAAGACGAUACAACGCACCGGAAAUCUUCUGAAGUGGGCAGUACCAGCAGCAGUACGGAGGAGAACCGAAAUCGAGACUCCGAUGUGGAUGUUCGCGUAUGUAGUCUUCGUGAAAAGAAGGUCUUGGAACUCAACGACAAGAUCAAGCUGGACACCUUUGAGAAGCACUACGACUCGAACAUUUCCGAGGUUUUCCAUGCUCUCACGCAGUCAGUUCAAAAGCUUCGGCAUCAUGGUAAAAGCAAGCGUACAGCCAAGUCCAAGUCGAAGAGUGCGGGUCUGGAACAGAUUCCGGAAGAGGAUCAAAGCGACAAUGAACAUGAAGGGUCCAGGUCACACACGCAGGUUGGUAGUAGUGCUUCUCAAAGCACCAAUGGAGAGACGAUGUGGGUGUUUGAUACACCUGCUCAACGUCUUGAGCGACGAGAAGAGGAAAAGCUGCAACGUAAACGAGCGUUCCGAGUCUUGAAUGACUACAAGAUCGAGAGUGUGGAUCCGAAUCCGGAGCCCAGAGCCCCUGCAUCUCCGAUGUUGUCUCCGAUUCUCUCGCGUCAAGGCUCCAUGUCUGCGAUCUCCGGUGCAGGUCCGUUGUCCGCGAGUCGAGUUAGCCCAGACACGAAGAAGAGGCCGCUGCUGUCUACUCGCAACAGACCGACUACACCUCGUAGUGAGGAUCUGGUGAUUCUGAUGCCGGACGAACACAAAAGCAAGGACAAGGACAAGGUAAACCUCGAUGAGUUGGCUACUGGCUGUGUGGACGACUACGACGAUGAGGACGAUGAAUACCCGAGCGACUUGGAGCGUGGCACGCGUCAGCCUCUUUCAAACGCUCCAGAUCAACCGCCACAAAGCACAACUCGUGUGUACUCCGUCACUGAGCGACCGCAGACGUUGUUAAGGAGAGUGUCUGCUUCAGCCUCGGCCUUCGCUGCCUGGGCGCUCAAUUACGACCCGAACGUAAAAUACUAAUAGCAUGGCAUGAAUGCCAUAAUUUAUCAGAAGCCCAGUAUUUUUUUGCAUGAAUAAUAGACCGCCUCGCGCGUUUAUUUUU